UUCACAUGAAGUAAUAAGUAUGACCUAGAAGCGGAGGCUGGAUUGGAAGCAGUUUCAGUUUUGAUUUCCAGAAAGAUGGGGUCGAUGGAUAUGGGUAAUACCAUGGAAGGGGAAAUUGACGACUCUUUAUACAGUCGACAGCGAUAUGUUCUUGGAGAUGAUGCAAUGAAGAUGCUUUCCAAAUCAAAUGUAUUCAUUGCAGGAAUGGGUGGAGUAGGAAUAGAGAUUGCAAAAAAUGUUGUGUUAUCUGGUGUAAAGUCUCUUACCAUUCUUGAUCAGAAAAUUGCCUGCUCAAAGGAUCUUGGUGUUCAGUUUUUUUUAAGGGAACAGGAUGUCAGAAAUGGAAAAAACAGAGCUGAUGGCUGUGCAGGUCGAUUGGCCGAAUUGAAUCCCUAUGUGUCAGUAAAUGUUUCCAAUCACGAUUUAACCAGCGAUGAUCUAAAAUUCCUUCAUCAUUUCCAGUGCGUCGUGCUGACCGAAUGUUCCCUGAAUGUCCUUCUCAGAGUCAACAAGUACUGCCGUGAACGCGGAAUCAUGUUCAUUGCUGCCGAUGUUUUUGGUCUUUUCUCAAGCCUAUUCUGUGACUUUGGAACCAAUUUUGAAGUGAGUGAUGCGGAUGGGGUAGAACCGUUAGAAUUUCUCAUUGGAAACAUUACCAAGGGCAACCCUGCAGUCGUAACAACUCUUGAUGACCAGAAGCAUAUCCUCGGAGACGACGAUGCCGUAAUACUGAAAGAAGUCAAGGGAAUGACAGAGCUCAAUGGGAAAGGUUUUGCAACCCAGUUCAUUUCGCCAACGAAGUUCAGCAUCGAUUGUGAUACAACAAAUUACAAAGAUUAUGAAAACGGUGGCGUUGGUAUUCAGGCAAAAAGAUCAAAGAAAUGUGAUUUUCAGUCAUUAGAGUCACAGUUGAAAUCCCCUGAUAUACUCACUGAUGAUUAUUUCAAAUCGACUAUGUUGAAUUUUGUUACAGUCAUAGCGUUUUACAAAUAUCUUGAUGAUACUAUGUUAAGCUCGACAAAUGAACUCAAUGUUGACUACGAAAAGCUAAUAGGCCUUGCGAAUGAUAUAAAUGAAGGCUUGAAAGACAAAGUGGGAGAUCUAUCCCAAAAAUUAGACAGUUCGUUGACCAGCUGUUUGCCUUGUCAGUUUUCUCCACUCUGUGCUGCUGUAGGCGGAAUUGCAGCCCAGGAGGUGCUCAAGGCAGUGACGGGAAAAUUCUCGCCUUUAAUGCAGUGGCUAUUACUAGAUGCGACAGAAAUAGGUGAAAGACGAUGCGACCCUGGCGAUGAUCUAAAGCCAAGGUAUACCUCAGUAAACCGAUGUAUUGGGAAAGAUCUUUUUCGUAAUCUUGCUGAUACCAAGCUCUUUAUGGUCGGCUGUGGUGCGAUUGGAUGCGAGCUGCUGAAAAACUUUGCUUUAGUUGGCAUUGGUACUAGUGAAAAUGGCUUGCUCACCAUAACUGACAACGAUCUGAUCGAAAAGUCAAAUUUAAACAGGCAAUUCCUCUUCAGAGAAUACCACAUUCAGAAACCAAAGUCUGUGACAGCUGCUGAUUCAGCAAAACAAAUAAAUGGAGAUAUUUGCAUCAAACCAAGGCAGGAAAAAGUGUGUCCAGACACAGAGGAGAUUUUCACAGAUCAUUUCUUCAAUAGUAAAGAUAUUAUUGUAAAUGCUUUGGACAACAUCGAGGCAAGAAGAUACGUAGACAGUCGCUGUGUAACCAAUCGAAGACCGUUGAUUGAUACAGGAACUCUUGGUCCAAAAGGCCAUGUUCAGGUUGUUCUGCCAUUUAUAACGGAAUCGUAUUCAGAUUUGGCAGAUCCUGUCGACCAAGGCGUACCGUACUGUACUUUGAAGUCAUUUCCUCAAACUAUAGACCACACCAUUCAAUGGGCCAAAGACAAGUUUGUCUCCUGCUUCACAAGCAAACCCGCCGGCUUCAACAAAUUAUGGGAGAGAUAUGGAAGUCUGAGAAAGUUAAAAGAGGCGCUAGAGAGCAAUGCACCAGUUCCAAAUGAAUUUGUGUCCAGCAUGAGCUUUUUGCAACAAAGGCCUAAGACAUGGGAAGACUGCCUGAAAAUAGCAAGAAUAAGAUUUGAAAAGUAUUUCAAUCACAAAGCAAUGCAGUUAUUAGAUUCAUUUCCAGUUGAUUACAAGUUGGAGGAUGGAAGCUUGUUCUGGCAGUCGCCAAGGAGGCCUCCAACCCCAAUUAUGUUUGAUGCAGAAAAUACUACGCACAUUGGUUUCAUCAAAGCCACAGCAACGCUAGUUGCUAGAAUAUACGGCAUUAAGGGUGACGAUGGCUCGUCUAUUAACGACGCUUUAUCAAAAGUCAAGGUUCCAAAAUUUUGUCCUUCAAACAAGAAAAUUGCUCUCAAUGAAGAGGAAAGUGAAAAGACUGAAGAGCAGAUAGAUCCUGGCAAAAUCGAAUUUUAUCGACAAUUUCUGAUUCAAAGUUUCAAGGACAACAACGAAUUGUCUGAUGGGACAUUUCAUAUGCAUUCUGAAACGUUUGAAAAGGAUGAUGACACCAACAGCCACAUUGACUUUAUAACCGCUGCAUCGAACCUGAGAGCUGAAAUGUACAGCAUCGACUCUGCUGAUCGCUACAAGACGAAAAGAAUUGCUGGGAACAUUAUCCCCGCAAUCGCCACUACAACUGCUGCAAUUGCUGGUCUUGCUACCAUCGAGUUAGUUAAGAUAAUUGCAAAGAAUCCCGUCAAACAGAUGAGGAAUUACUACAUAAAUUUAGCAGUGCCAAUUGUUGUUAAAACAACACCACAGGUUCCACCAGAGACGACAAUAAAAGAUGGCAUCACCUUUACAAAGUGGGAUCGUUGGGAUAUUAAAGGAAAUCAGGACUACACACUACAAGACUUACUUGAUCAUUUCAAGAACAAGUAUGAUCUUAAUGUAAGCAUGGUUAUGGAUGGAGCAAAGAUUAUUUACAUCCCAUUUCUGUCAAGUAACAAGAAACUCAAGGAAAGAAUGAUCGAUUUGUUAAACCCCGAUACUGAAACAAAGUAUUUCGAUUUGACACUUGGCUUUGAAGCUGGAGCGGAUGACUCUGAAGAAUUACCCUGCCCUCCUGUGAGGUAUUUCUUUAAUUAAAUGCAUGGAUUUAAUCAUUAAUUUGCUGAAGCACAAUUUUUAUGAAGCUAUAUAUAAUUAUAUAGUAGUAACUUGUUAAAUUUGUUAAUUGUAGAUAAAUCACAUCAAAAUUUAGUUUUAAGGUUUUUUAUAUUUGAAAGUACAGUCUCUGAUUAACGCCGAGGUACGAAUGUUAUAUGAUAGAAAUAAAACAGAACAUCAAUUAUAAUUUGCCAUCAAUGGACUUUCCUCACUAAGAGUUAGAAUCUUCGCUCAUAAAUCAGCCAUUAAUUUCUUUAUGCGAUUUUUUAAAGACUUUAUCUAUGGCGUUGGGUAUUAGGAUUGUACUUCGUCCAGACAACUUGUAUGUUUAACCUUUUAACCGUCACAUUCCUGUUCACACUGUUCUUAAAUCGAACAAGCCUGCCCUUUCCUUUUGUGUUUGUUAUCAAUUUAAUCAUACGAUAGCUAAUUAGAAGAACAUUGCUUGUUUUCUGAGAUCCUCAAAUGAAAGUGAUUGUACUAAUGUAUAGCCUUAUUGAUCGACAACCUGGAUUUUUGUAUACUUGCAAAACACGUUUGAAAUGGAACACUAAAUGAAAUUAUAUAAAUGAAAUAAUAGUGAUGUGAAGGAAAGGUUUGAAAUGUUUCUAGUUUCCCUUUAAAAGCUUUAAAAUCAAAGCUGUAAAAUUACAUAGUUAAUAGGAUAUCCACACCCUCUGUAGAUUAUUUUCAUUUCUAAGAAAUCCACGCUUCUUCAAGUUGUUUAAUUCGAACGGUCUGCUUCGAAGCUAAAGCGUCAAGGGAGAGUGGAAUCGAGAGGCAAAUCACUCUUGAAAAUGGUGUACGAGAUUUAUAAUCACUAGUGAGUAAUUUGUGACUAAAUCAAUUUUGUGUGUGAUUAAUUUGAUUUUUAGUGAUAAAAGUGAUUAAUUUUUUUUAUAAAUUUUUUAUUUUUUAGAAACUGAAUCAUAGAUUCAGAAAUGCUCUCAAAUAAUUUCAUGUUCAAUAAACGUCAACGAUUUUGCAACAUAUGAAAUUGAAAAAUGAGACAUUAAGGCAAAUGCAUGUGCUCUGUUGUGUGGGCCGUCAACUUUCGUCAUAAGAAUUUGAAUUUGCAUCAAAAGAGCUAUCUUUUCUGAAUAUUAGUAUUAGCAGUUGUUGAACACCUUGUGAAAGACAUCAAGGCAAAUGCAUGUGCUCUGUUGUGUGGGCCGUCAACUUUCGUCAUACGAAUUUGAAUUUGCAUCAAAAAAGAUAUCUUUCCUGAACAUCAGCAUUAGCAAAUGGGAGCAAACAGCCUUGAAUGAAAAACAGUGAUCAGUUCUUGAACACCUUGUGAAAAACAUUAAGGCGAAUGCAGGUUUCCUGUUCUGUAGGCUGCUUCUUUUGUCAUAAGAAAUUGAAUAUGCAUCAAAAAGCUAUCUUUCCUGAACAAUAGCAUUAGCAGUUGUUGAAGACCUUGUGAAAGACAUUGCAUGUGCUCUGUUCUCUGCCCUCGCAAGUGAUGUCGCUAUUGGGAAAUUAAACUGUCAUCCCUGAAACUUUCACCGAUAUAAAAAAAUACAAGUUCAGGAAAUGUGGAACUUGAUUAUCAAACUUUAUCUGUGAAAAUGACAAUUCCCAUAAAUGUAACAGUUGCAACUGCGAAAUCUGGAACUGUCUGGAUCCGCCCAUGUAGCAAUGGGUGAAAAAUAACUGCUAUCAGGCGUGAUUUUUGGUUAGAUCAACUUCAGUGCCCUUCAGUGGCAUAUAGGCAACAAAAACAGCAAUGAUUGUCUCAGCGACCCCGGCAUCAUAACGAGGCAUUCAUUUUUGCUCCAUUGCAGGGUACCACUGAGAUCAGUGCAGGGUACUUGUAAAAGCUUGCUUUUCUCGAGCGUGUGUUUGCAGAUUUUUCAACGUGUUCAUAAAAAGAUUGGAAAAGUGUGAAAGGGAAAUUCUAAAUAUUGAAUUUUUCAAUAACAUAUGCGGAUAAAAGUGGGCAAGGAUUCUAAUAUUUGUUUUCAGUAACUUUUGUGAUUAAUGUUAUACUUUGUGAUUCAUUUGAUUUUUUAUUAAUGUGAUUGAUUUGUGAUUAAAGUGUGAUUAUUCUUGAGAGCGUACAUGAUUUUAAGCAGUGAUUUGCCCCUCGAGUAGAAUUGUUGCGCCAUUUCAAAGUAGGUGCAUUGAGAAGUGAUAGGUAAAUAAUCCAGACGCGCCUUGUGGUAUAAAUUGUUAUUCAAGUUAAGUUAAUUAAUACGACUCAAUUGUAAAUAAUUUGCAUAUUGAUCACUUUUUAUACCCCGUUAAUGGGAUGUCAUAAUAGAAACGUGUCUCACAGAAAAA